AUGCUCCCCCAGAAGUGGCUGCUCUCCAUUCUUCUCCUCUUGGGGACAUCUCUGCAGGACAGCCAAGCAGCACGAGCCACCAACGUGGGCAGAGAGUGCUGCCGGGACUACUUCAGAGGCCGGCUCCCCUUGCGGAGGCUGACAACCUGGUACAGGACAUCCGAGGAGUGUCCCCGAGAUGCCAUCGUGUUCGUCACCAUCCAGGGCUGGCGCAUCUGUUCAGACCCCCAGGACAAGCAGGUGAAGAAGGCUUUGACCCAUUUGAAGCGAGUCAUGAAAUCACGAGGAUUCGGGGACCCAAAUCCUCCCGACACUCCUCCCCUCAGGACAUGA